AGAUGAUUGGGAAUGAGAGAUAGAAAUGUUUGACUUUUCUUGUCAUUCCUGUACUUCAAAAACGCUGGUAGAUGGCGCCAGCUUAUUAUCCUAUUGAUUUCUUGUUGAAGUUUUUUUUUUUCUUCUUUUCUUUUUAAUGUUGGCAACAAAAUAUUACUUGACUGUUUGUUUACACGACUGUUAAAGAGAAGUGGAUAUUUCGGAUCUGAUUUAUUUCCUUUUAUAUAAUAUCUAUAUUUCUCUUUCAAAAUUAUAAUUCUCCGCCAUGGAAGAAACUGAUUUCGCCGGCGACGAAAAUUCUGUGGAAGAAACUUUUCAGCGUGCUAUAGAUUUUGUUACUGGUAAUGCGUCAGUGAUGCAACAAGACGAUCUGUUAUAUCUUUACGGACGUUACAAACAAGCACUAUGUGGCCCUUGCAAAGAACCGAUGCCGGGAAUUUUAAAAUUUAAGAGUCGGAGUAAGUGGACAUCGUGGCAUAACUUAGGAAACAUGUCAAAAGAGGAAGCCAUGCAGCAAUACAUAGAUUGUGUCACCAAUGUCAGUAGUGAUUGGGACUCGAAUCCUAAAGAGUCAGCUAAGAAAUCCCGGAUCGGACCUGUCAAUAGCUCGUACCUUAAAACCGACCCUGAAAUCAAAGAAGAGUUGAAAACUGCUUUUGACUUUGUGAAAGAAGGAAACUUAAAUCAAAUUAAAUUGCUCUUGUCAUCAAAUUCUGCCAUCAAAGAUUCUCUUGAUGAAAACGGCUUAACUCUUUUGCAUUGGGCUUGUGACAGGGGUCAUGUUGAGAUUGCCAAUUACUUAGUAUCAUCUUGUGGGAUAGAUGUAGAUUGCCAGGACACAGAUGGGCAGACACCAUUACAUUAUGCAUCAUCUUGUGGACAUGAGGAAGUUAUUAACUUCCUUUUAAAAAAUGGAGCCUCGGUUGACAUUUAUGAUGUUGAUGGUUUGUCACCUGCUGAUGUAGCUUAUAAUACAUCAAUCAAAGAGAUACUUUUAAAUAAACAUGUGUGAAGAUUUUAUAUUUAUAAUAAUGUGGGUAAUUUAUGUUUAAUGAAAUGAAUUCAAAGAUGUUGAGAAAUGGCUGAUUUAAUGUUCAAGAAUGAAUUUACGUGUUAUAAAUAAGCUACUCGAUAAUUGAGUUUAUUUAAAUCGUUAUAAUAACAUACUGUUAUUAUAUUGCCAAUUGAAAUAAAAUGUUUUUAUUCUUAAAUUCUGUCAUCAGAUUCUGAGGUAACUGACUAGUCAGAGUCUUUGUGUUAUACUUAUGAUGAGGGUCAUGUUAAUAUUGCCAAUUACUUAAUAUCAUCAUGAACUAUCAAUGCAAAUUAGAGACAAAUAUGGGCAAAAUUUUUAGUUUGGUUUAAGAUAGAUCCUCUUGUGGCAGAUUGAUGUUUUAUCAUCUGCAGAUGUAAUACAUUAGAUUGUCAGUGGUCUGGGAAUGGUUUUUGGGCCAGUAAUCAAUGUGAAGGGAUGGUAUAAUGUUUUGUCUUUAGUUUCAUAUUUUGUUCUGAGUUAUUGCCUAAAAAUUGCAUAGUUCAUCCUAAAUGUAAACCCUAUUCAUUCUUUGUAUUAUAAUUUUUCAUUAAAAUUUACUUAAUUUUUGACAAAAAAUCUAAUUGAGACAGAUAAAUGGACGAGUGACAAAGUGUACAAACUAGUGAUAUCUUUUAGUCCAUGGAUCAGUGUCUAAAUUUUCUUAAUUUCUAUUUCUGCAUCAAUCAAAGAAAUGCCUUUAAAUAACGAAGAAAAAAAAAUCUGAGAACUAUCUAUAUAAUAUGGAUUCAGGGAAUAAUUAACAUGUACUAAAAAAGGCAUUGUAUGUUUACAAAUUAAGUCUAUUGAAGUUGUUAAUAGCUAAUAUUCAGAGGAUAUAUUUAUUGAGUGUUUUAUUUAUUAUCACAGUGCAAAUUAAUAUUGUCUGUAAAUUGUUCUGUAAUUUAAUUUUUAGGUAAUGUAAAAAAGUUAUAGUACUUCUUGAUUUUCACAGCAACCGCUGCUAGAACGGAUGCCAAGAAAAAUGCCAAGUUAGAAUUAUUCGCAAUUAGUUUUUGUCCUCCAUAUCUCCGCGAUUGCAUUCAAUAUUAAAUCAAACAGCUUGUCUUUCCCAUAGGAUUUUCCUCACAUGAAUUCUUCAAAAUAUGAAGAUGACAAGUGGUGCCUCUUUGCCUUUUGCUCCUAAUAUAAAAAAGGGUAUUUUUUGCUGACAAUUUUUUAUAAUUUACCUCCACAAUCUUUUCUUUACUUAGAAUUUCAUUUAUCACCCAUAUUUGAUAGCGAGGUAGUACCUCUUUUUCCUGGAGAAAAGAAGUGGCAUCAUUCUCACUCGGUGAAUUAAAAAUAGUCAAGCCAAUAGCCCAUUGUGCAGCUCUAGUGCGACGUAAAUGUACAACAACCUAAAAAUAGUCAAAUUUUUUUUCUUUCCAAUGUUUUAAAUGGAGAAAAUUAAAUUACUAUAUCACGUGGUUGGAAUGCAAAGCCUAAAUGGAAGUGCGGUCGCUGUGAAAAUCAAGUAGUACUGAAAUUAUUUGAAACUAUCUCAAAAAUUGUUCAUUUGUUAAAAUCUUAAGAGAAUGUAUAUAAAGGUUAUGGCUCUUUUUAUUUUGAGAAACUUAAACUUGCUCAAGUCAUUUUUUAUGGCCAAUUUCUAGUCGGAAAGCUUUGUGAUAAGCCUUGAAAAAAAAUUAUUGUUGAAUGAUAAAUUUAACAUCUUAACCUUAUAAGGUUUAGUUAUUGAAUUGUGUUUGUUAUAACCAUUUUAUUUUCAUUUUAAAAAUUAAACUUGAUAAUGCUGCCAUAUUCUGUUCUAUCGUAAUUUUAAACCGAAUUUAUAUUCAACAGUUAGCUUAAGUUGCAUGGUAUUAAAAAUCAUUGAUAAGUUAUAUUUGUCAUUGUGCUGUAUGAUAUGAGAAGUUUAACUUGUCAUUUUUUAAAAAUAGUUAGAAGAUUCUUAAAAUAAUGUUUUGUUGUUGUUACUAAUUCCACUUGCCAAUGCCAGCAAGCCUACUAUGGAAAUCAAAGCGAAGGGUGCAUUUCUUGUUUUUAAUGACGCCAUCUAUGGCAUGUUAAAUCUGUCGAGUCGCAAAGUCCUCCAUGUUCCCAUUACAAUUCAGUACCUCUGGGCAUACUGCUCCUUGAGUUUCCUUGUCUUUUUGAUUGGUUCAAAAUUACAAGGCUAUGGAGUUGAACAUUAGUAGUCGUAAACCCAAAAUUGGGUCGGCUGUUCAACGGGUGCAAAUAAAUUCAACUGUCUUUAUUUUUUGUAUGUUGUUAAAAAUAAAUAAAUAGUUGAAUGUACCUACUUCUGACUAAUUAAAAGGUACUUGAAUUAUUCAAAGCUAUAUAAAUUAUGCAAACUGUUUAGCAUUGAAAGAAAGUGAUUGUUGAAAUUUUUUUAUUAUUCAUUAUAUCAAAAUUAUAAAUGUUCAUAAUAUGUACUAAUGUUUCUAAUUUUGCAACUACUGUUUAUAAAUUGCAAAUGAAUGUUAGAUGUAUAGAUAAUUUAAUGUGUUAAUUUAUGCAGUUUUAUUUGAUUAAAUUUUCUGUCCUUUGUUGAGAAUGAUGUAAUAGUAUUGAAUUGUAAUUUAUGAUAACUAAUUGUGUCAGGCGAAGUUUGGUCAAAUCCAAGCUUCAUUGCCAUUGUAUGUAACUUGCAGUUAUUUAUGUUAUUUAAUUCAGGUAAGCUUUUAUCAUUGCAUUUAACUUCUGAAACAAAAUUAAAAAUGCAGAAAAAAACUUAGCUAUCAAGAAGAAAAUCAAUUUGCUCAGAAAUUUUAAUGAUCCUUAUUCAUAUAUUUUAAAAUUUGUUGAUCAUUUUGGUACAGAGAUUUUUGGUUUAUACCUAGUUGACAGAUAAGUACACUAUAUUCAUUAAAAGUACUAAUAGUUAAGUAACAGUCAGUUAAUAUAUAUAUAUUUUUUUAAAGUUACGAUUAGUGCUUCCCACUAACAUUCAUUUCAGAAUUUAGGACAAGCGAAAAAAUUUCUGCUUUAAAUAUUUUUCAACCAUUUAUUUUUGAUUUUUUUCUAUUUUAAAUAUAUAAAAUCAAAUUGUUAUUUUAAGUUAUCAUAGCAUAUGUAUUAAUUAAUGAUGGGAAUCUAAUCAAAAUAAUUGAUUAAAAGUAUCUUUCGUAAGUUUAUGUGAAGUUGAUAUUCAAAAAAAUAUUUUGGUUUAAUUUUGUAAAAUAAUUAUUUAUCCUGUAAGCAAAUAAACGACAGCUAUACAAUGAUUGUAACUUAUAAUUAUCCACAAAGCAUCUAAGUGUGAAAAAAAUAUUGUAAAUAAAACCAUAUUUCUAAGUA